AUGAAGAAUCUGCUCCAGAAAGACGAGAAGAAGGAAGAACCCGAGCAAACAGUGCCGUGCGACCACAAGACAGCCUCGCGAUGCCUGCUCAAUCUGAUGCCGGUCGUUUCGGAGACGGUGAGCGGCACGCUGUUGAACGGCACCUUUCUGCCCGACAUUUGCCUCGAAGUGGUGCACGACCGCGAACUCUCCAAGCUGCCCUUUGCCAAGUCCAACCUCACCGUCGUCCUCUUUGCGGAUAUCUCGGGCUUCACUGCACUCACCGAGACGUACUCAUUGACUGGUGCUCUCGGCAUCGAAGCCCUGACCAGGACUCUCAACCACUUUUUCGGGCACAUCAUUCAGCACAUAUUUUCUGCUGGUGGAGACAUCUUCAAAUUUGCCGGCGACGCCAUAUUCUGCAUCUGGAAGGCGGAUGACAAGAGCACGCUGGCCGACACCAUCCAGACGGUGGUCGACUGUAGCCUGAACAUUCAGAAGAAUUACGGCGAGUGGCCCACCUGCAUCGGCGUCACCCUGCGUGUCAAGAUCGGCAUCGCGACUGGGAUGCUCGAAUACCACUUCUUCAACGACGAUUUCGACAACGUCCACUACUCCGCGAGCGGCACCGUGGUUGAGUACGUGCGCAACGCCGAGAUGCUUUGCACGGCUGGCGAUAUCAUACUCACCACCGAGGCUUGGAACUUCUUAGAGCAAAAGGGCGUUCACACGCGCUACACUUAUACCGCGCUGCCGGAGGACAUGGUCAAGGUCCUGUGCUUUGACCCUAGUGUCACUGAAGAAGAAAAGGUUUCAUUCACGUCGGCCUUCGCAGGAGUGAGGCCUGCCCUGUACGCGCUCAACUUCGAAGACGCCCCUCUGCUCAAGCGGUUCAUCUCGCCCGUGGUCGUCAAUAUCAAGACCCAGGAGGAACUGAUUUUCCUCUCCGAGAUGAGGCACGUGACGAUCGUGUUCAUUUGUAUGCCCGAAUUCAUCGACAUCGACCUGGCAACGCUGUCUCAGCUCUACCGAAUCAUCAGCGCCGCUCUCAAAGAGACAGACGGUGUUCUCAACAAGGUCAUAACAUUUGAUAAAGGUUGUUCCUUCUUGGCCGUCUUCGGCCUGCCAGGAUACAAGGGCAAGAACGAGACGUGCAAUGCACUAAUGUGCUGCAACAAGCUCGUCCACGAGAUCAGCGCCAUGAACAUCAAGGUGACAGCGGGUAUUACCUCCGGCAUGACAUUCUGUGGGAUCAUCGGCCACCCGCUUCGCCAGGAAUACACGGUGAUCGGGCGCAAGGUGAACCUGGCUGCUCGGUUGAUGAGCAAGUACUCCGAUCACCUGAUGGUGUGCGACGAAGACACCUACCAGCGUUCCGUGCUCCUUAUGGGGCCCAACAACUUCAAGGAACUCGAGUGGCGCAAGCUCAAGGGCAUCGAACACAUGGGCCGCGUCUUCCAGGUCCAGAUCAGCACUGAGGAGGAAGUGAUGGACGAAAUCGCCGACUUCAAAGACCCCCUGAUGGGCAUGACGCACGAAAGGGAGGAGAUCGAAAGCUUCCUCAUGGACUUCCUGACUAAACGGCGCAUGCCCAGGCACAUGCUGCUUCUGCGGGGCGAGACCGGAUGCGGCAAGAGCCACCUGCUCUGCUCCACAGUCGCCGUCGCUGUCAAGAAGGGCUUCAAGUCGGGCACGUGUCACGCGGGCGUCAGGACCAUGCGGAACCCGUUCAGCGCCGUGUGCUUCUUGCUCAGCCGGCUCCUGGACAGCUAUGGCCUGAACCCGCACCAAGAGAACAACACCAUCUUGGAUGACAUACUCGGCACCGACUCGUCCACGCCGCUCGUCAUCAACAAGGGCAUCAUUCGGCUGAAGAACGCGCCCGCACUGAAGCUUGCGACGGCUGGCAGCCUGGCGGACGUCUCUUGGCAGAACAAGAGCGUGGCGCAGGCCAAGGAUCACCUGAUAGCGAUCACCGAAUCGCUCUGCACCAAGGCUCCGUGCAUCCUUGCUGUCGACGAUGCCAACUACAUGGACACGCUUUCGUGGGAGCUGCUGGACAAGUUCGGUCAGCUGACGAGCCAGUACCCAUGCGUGGUGGCGCUGACCUCCAUUCCACACUCGGAGCGUGUCCAGCAGCCACUGCAGAUCCAGAAGAUCAUGGCCAAGGCUGUGCACACUGUGGACAUACAGCCACUGAGCAAGGAGUACAUCCCAGACUUCUGCUUCCAAAGGCUGCAGGUCAAGGGCAUACACAACCAGAUACUACGCCUCCUGAAGGAGUACACCAAGGGCAACCCAGCCGCUAUGGUCGAGAUCCUCCAGGUUUUGAAGCAGAAGAACCUCAUUCACACCGUGAACUCGACGACGACUUCCGAGGCGCGCCUUAAGCGAGAGUUCACCCUGGCCAAGGAAGACGAGCACGAGCUGCGAGAACAUCGGCCUGGAGAGGGAUUCCCAAUCUGCGACGUCGUCGGAGAAGGUCUCAUGGACGACGUCCAGGUUCCGGAUUCCCUCCAAGCACUGACCGUUGUGCGAAUGGAGAUGCUGAACGAGCAAGAGAUCGUGCUGCUUAAGAAGGCUUCCGUCUGCGGCAAGAUGUUCGAGGUGUCACUCCUGAAACUGCUCAGCCCCACCAUUACUACAGCUGAGAUCAACGGUGCCAUCAAGAAGCUGGUGGAGCAGCAUUUCAUCACAUGCGCGGCCAACACGACGACAUCUUUCGUGUACCUGCUGGAGAGCAAGGUGCAGGAGCCCCCUGAGUGCCCCCAGUGUGGACAGGCCGGUUCCCUCAUGCGAUUCCACUCAGCAGCGGUGCACAAAACCAUCUACGCCACCCUCACUUACGACAGCAAGGCCGAGAUUCACCAGGACAUCGCGACCUGCCUCGAGGAGAACGCCUUGCAGUGCCGGUUCUGCAAAGAGUACCUCAGUGUCGAUGUUUACUCCGUGGCCACCGACGAGGUCCUCAUGCAGUCGCCCCCGGACAAAGCUGACCUGCGCGUCUGCAAGUGCCACAAAAUGAAGGCCAACGCGUAUGGGCAGAUUGGCCAGCACUACUUAAUGUCCGGCAUGCGUGGACGAGCGCUUGAGGCCUACCUGUCGGCCACCCAGUGCUCGCUGGACGUGGACGACGUCAAGAAGGCCGAGGAGUACCUCGAGAACAGCGAGACUGUUUUCAAGACUUCCAGCUGGGAGAACGUGGAUGAGCGCUACCUCAAACUUAAGCGCAUCGCGAUCAGCCGCAUGAGGGCGACCAUCCAGCUUUAUUACGGCAAUAUCGACGCGUCGCUGCAAGAGAUCAAGCUGGCGUUCCAGUGGCUCGGACGGAACAUCCCGAAGGACUACCGCAAGAACGCCUCAAACUACGCUCUGCGCGUGGUCCAGUGCUGCCGCGUGGACGAAAUCGAGGAGGAGGAGUUCUGCCUGAACACGGCGGCGCGCGUGUUCCUGAACCGGCGAGACCCCCGUGUAGCCCUGGAUGUGUCCAGCCACUUCUGGGAGCUGGUCACCUGCCGAAACGCGCCGCUAUACAAGAAGAUGCCAGCUAUAUCGCUGGUCAUCGAGAGCAGCCACUACGUGCACAUCGCUUACAAGAAACAGAAGAAACUCGAAGACACAGCCAUCAAGGACUGCAUCCACGCUCUGGAGGUAGAGAAGCACCCUCGAGUGAGUGACUUGGUGGCUGUGCUCAACACGCUCAUCAAGAUCGUCGAGGUGCGCUUCUUGCGCACUGAAAUCGCCUCAGCAGUGGACGUGGGGUACGAGGCCUUCCGCAUCGCCCUCAGCGUCCACUACACCUCCAUGCUGCUCAAGAUCUUGCCGUACCUGGCACAAACGCUGUUGUACAGCAAGAAUCACAGCAAGUGCCGUGAAGUGCUGAGCCACCUGCGCCACGUGGCCGAGGUUGCCGAAGACACCGUCGGCAUGGCACUCUACUACGGUGGCCUGGCCGAGCUGCUUGUGCACCAGUUCGGCAUCGACGUGCCGGCACUGGACAACGUGCAGGAACUCUACAAGACGUGCCUGGAGUUCGCCAUCAGCCAGUGCAGCAAGGCGCCGUACACGAACAACAAUGAGAUCGAGUUCUAUCUCACGGCCGCAAUGGCUAUGUGGACGUCGUCUUGCGGCCUGGACCAAAGUUGCAAGGAGUGGCUCCGGCGAGCGAAGGAGCUGAAGCGCUCGUUUCACUGGCGCUCCUCUUACUGGGGACGCCGAGCCCAGCGCCACUUGUCCGAGAUCAAGUGGAAGUAA